CUCAGCUCCACAUGUUUAGCCUCGUCGUCCAACAAAAUCACUAAAGCAUCGCAUAUACUGGCCGUAAACCUAUCCGAUAAUUUAUUUGAACCCCCCGCCUCCUUUAUAUAGCAGAUUAUGAGAAAACCUGGUUGCCCAAAUUGCCAUGAUUUCGAACCGGAAGCCACCAUUGGACAAAAGCAGCGUGUCGACGCACAGGUCCCAAGGCACAUCAACAGUCCGAACGGCUUUCUGAUCGUCUCGAAAAUCAGAGAAAUACAAGAGCAAGCAUCAAAAGGAUGUAGUAGCUGCUUGCUCCUCUACAAGUGCUUCCUUGAAUUUCGGGAAUCUGAUGAGAAUCAUAGGGCCAAUCGUGACGACAUGUAUUUGCAAGUCGAACUCGUCUCUGGCCGAGCAGCCCAAGUCACUAUAUACAGUCCUCGCGAAAAUACCAAGUCUCGCGAUGUAUAUUCCAAAUUCCAUAUUUUCGCUGUUGCAGGCACACCGAACCCUUGGCCUGUAUUAUUCAAGGCACCGUCUAGCCCAAAGUUUGCCCUCACGGAUGAACGUCAAGCAUGCUUCAACUAUUGGAUUCAAAAUUGUAGAGAAAAUCACCCCAGUUGCCAGCGCCCUCGGUUUAUGCCUAAGCGCCUUGUUGAUGUUGGCCUUGGAAACCGGGGCAUGUGCCUCGUCGAGGAUGUUCACCCAGCUUGUCAAUACGUGGCAUUAAGUCAUUGCUGGGAAUUCUCCGAAGCAGCCACGGUGCAGACAACCAAACGCAACCUGGAGGAGACAAAGGCGUAUAUUUCUUAUAUGAGCCUUUCGAAAACAUUUCGAGAUGCCGUGGAUAUUUGCAAAUGGCUAGAUGUUCCCUACCUAUGGGUUGACUCUAUCUGUAUCGUACAAGAUGAUCCGGGCGAUUGGAUUGACCAGGCCACGGCGAUGGGCUCUAUAUAUGAAGGCGCAUAUGUCACCAUCGCGGCACAUUUCGACCCGAACGGCACCACAGACGAUGGUUGUUGUCUUAAUAGACGAGGUUUCUCCGAAAUCGUACUCAAUGAUGCCACGGGUACCCCAUUUUCGACGUUCAUUAAAUGGUCGGAUAGCCAUGAUAUCAGUAAGCCACAAGGGUUGAUGAGCAGAGCUUGGUGCAUCCAAGAGCGACUUCUUUCUCCUAGAGUCCUUCAUUUCCGGCAGGGAGAAGUCAUCUUUGAGUGCUCCAUGGAGAGCAAAUGUGAAUGUGGAACUCUGGGGAUUCAGCUUGAGACAAUGUACCAUUAUAAGCUCAAAGCGCCCGAAAAGCGCCUGAUUUGGGAUAAUCACAUUACAGAGAGUCCCCCAGGUAGCAAUAUUGGCACAGAUGUUUACAGCGCCUGGGGCAAGUGGCGAGCGGUGGUACGUCUUUAUUCCGCAGCCAACUUAACCGUGGAGACAGACAGGCUUCCUGCAUUGUCUGGCCUUGCUCAGCGAAGUCCAAAGCGAAUAUUUGGGGAUUACAUUGCGGGCUUAUGGUCCAAUGACCUCCCUAAGGGUCUGCUACGGGGGUAUGGCGUUCGUGGAAAAGUGUCUAGAGCUCAACUCUCCACAGCUCCUAGUUUUUGCUGGACUAGCUUACAUGGUGAAGAACUGGGGCUGCCACUUCCUCCGUAUUCUAGUUCUGGCUGCCGAGAAGCUAAGAUCCUCGAACUUCAAGUCGUCCCUGCUACGAAAAAUCCAACGGGAUCUGUCAAGAAUGGACUUAUUCGCUUGCAAGCUUGGGUGAUGGAAACUAAAAUUAUCUCAGUAGAGCUGGAUAGCACUCUUGUUACAUUAGGUCGGAUCCGAACCAGUAUUGCCCAUAUCGAUGUUCCUGAUGAGAAAAAGGCCCUCGCAGGUAGUCAUGUUUAUGCUGUGGAAAUCUUGGGUCAUGAAUUAGGAAUUGACUUUCUGUUGGUUAAGAUCUCGGAGACCGUCUUAGGUGCAUUUGAGAGGGUAGGGAAGGGUCAUAUGAAAUCACCUAUAGCGGGCAAGCAGAGCCAUCUUCAUGGGGCAGUUGAAAGGGAAAUGUCUCUGGUUUGAUACUCACCACACACUAUGCAUUAUGAAUUUUUACGUGACUACGAGGAGGAAACAUAGACACUGAUGCUAUGAAAUAUCCAUCAUUCAAAGUCACAGAGGAAAACAUUUGUGCUAUUCUUAAG